AUGCCAACAGCAGACAAGGCCGCGCAAGCCGGACCCGGGCAGAUCUUCAAGUGGGACAAGCCGAGUGCGCUGGUACGAGCAGCGCAGCGGCGGGCGAACAACAUCCCGCUGAUUACCCCGCGAACCGGACCUUCGACGCCAACGACGCCAGGCACACCGGCCACGCCAACGACGCCGUCAACACCAAGUACGCCGACAGGAGCCAAAAAAGAUCGACGGCGAUGUGCGGCAUACCCGCGCCUUAGUUCUGCAAUGGACGACGAGGUUGGUUUGCAAGUACUGCGCAGUGCCAGAGUCGCCGUGAUGACGCGGGAACGCGUGGCAUGCCAGUCUCUCGCCCGCUCUCAUGAACCCAUCUACCCCAGACCAUGUUCAUCAGUGCUCAUCUCUUCAACUCUCGUCCAUCAGCAGCAUCUCUCAACCUCAGCAUUGCCCAGCAUGAUGUCGGGACGACAGCGACGACUGUACUCGACAUCAUCAACCUACUCGUACGCCUCGUCGACGUUCUCUUUCUCGUCAUUCGACAGCAUGAGUUCCACCGGUGGUUCUAGCGGUUCCAGCGGCUCGAACGGCGCCAGCGGCUCUAGACCCGUGAAGGAAGGCGGCGUCCGCAGCGUGCGUAGCAUGAAGACGCGCUCGCCGGCCAAGCCCGCCACUCGUCUCCCACCUCGCCGUGCGUUCUCCGUCACGACGGCCGACGACUCGGACGCGCCGCUCAGCCCGCGCGGGCUGCGUUCCGGUGCCGGUGCAGAAUUGCCGCGCUGCUCGGCGUACCCCGACAAGAACGCCCUCAGUGAGUAG